AGGGGUAGGGAAGGGGUCCCAGUCUGGUUUGGAAAAAUGUGAGACCCAGACCAGCUUGCCGGAGAUUUCGACGUUCUUGCUGAUACACUUUCCGUCCAGACUGCCAUUGGAAAGUGCUGGGGGAGCCUCUGGUUCCUGAUUUUAAAAUGUUCAGGGAUUGUAUUCUGCGCAUUUCAAAGCACUAUGAAACAGAGUUGGGGCUUUGCUUUUCUUGAUUUCCAGUCGCAUGGUUUUGUCUCUCGGUUAGGAGAUGGUGGGAUCAGCUCGCAGAAGUGCUGCUCUCCUGGUGCCUACUCUGGCCGUUUAGGUUCAGCAUGGAGUCUGAAGAUGCUGUUGCUCCUGAAAAAUUAAUUGAGGAUUUGAAAGACCAGAGCAGUCCUGCACAUAAUACUCAUGUCCCCAAAGUCGUUGAAGAAAGUGCAAGUCAGUUGUCUGACUCAGGUAGAGAAGAUGAUCUCUUCCAUGAUUGUAAAGACUCUUUUGAAUCAGGAGUGGUGGAAGAGAAUCACAACAGUGAGACAGAUUCUUCAGAAAAUCAAGUGGAUCUAGAUGAAAAAGAAUUGCUAGAACUGGAAAAAAACAUGUCAGAAGAAGAAAAAGAGAAAAGAAGAAAUGAAAGCACAAAAUUAAAAGAAGAAGGAAAUAAACAGUUUAAAAAAGGAGAGUAUAAAGAAGCAGAAGACUCGUAUGCCAAAGCCUUGCAGGUCUGUCCAGCCAAUUGUAACACAGACAGGUCCGUUUUGUAUUCAAAUAGAGCUGCAGCAAGAAUGAAACAGGACAAGAAAGAAAUGGCUAUAAGUGACUGCAGCAAAGCCCUGGAGUUAAACCCAAACUAUAUCAAAGCACUAUUGAGGAGGGCAGAACUGUAUGAAAAAACAGAAAAGCUAGAUGAAGCCUUGGAGGAUUACAAAAACCUGUUGGAAAAAGACCCAUCGGUAUAUCAAGCAAGGGAAGCUUGCAUGAGACUGCCAAAACAAAUAGAAGAGCGUAAUGAAAAACUUAAGGCUGAGAUGUUAGGCAAGCUGAAGGACCUUGGGAACCUGGUUCUCCGUCCUUUUGGCCUAUCAACGGAGAACUUCCAAGUGAAGCAAGAUUCAUCAACUGGCUCAUACUCUAUCAACUUUGUUCAAAAUCCAAAUAACAACAACCGAUAACACUAGCCCAAACUGCAUGUGGCAAAAUGUUGGGCUUUGAAGCUUAAUGGUGAUGUGGUUUCAGUGAAUGCAAAAAGGAUGAGUAAACAUUUAAUGCAUAACACCAUUCUUUAAAAUGGGAGGAUUUGAACUGAGACCUAUGCAUUUUGUGUGUGUGUGUGUGUGUGUGUGUGUGUGUGAGAUUCUUUCAAAAGAGUUGGGCAGAAGAGGACAGUUAGACCUUCGCAGUGAUGUUUCAUGCACUUUGGGCACUCUGCAUCUUCCUUCUGAGGUGGGAUGGGGGUUAGCUUUGCAAAUUAGAACAAUUUUAGUGCAACUAAACCUGUAGCCGUAGUACAGUUGUUUCAUCAUUUGUGAAGUUUGCAGGUCUCUUUGAAGGAUAGAGAAGUGUUUCUCUAUGCAGAGAAUAUACUUUUACCUUACUGAUAAUAAAUCAUUAAUGGUACUGGUGCCUGCAUUUUGUUUCCUUUUUAUUCAAGUAGCCUUUUCAAUGUUGGAUGAAUGUUGCAUAAUAGCAUGAAUUCACUUAGAUGAGGGAAGGCGGUUAUUAGCACCUGCAUACUUGCAUUGGGUACUCCAAGCUCCCCACCCCCCGUGAUCUUAUGCCAA